AUGGUUCGUAAAAAAUCAACAGCAGCUAAAGCAAGAACACGUAAAAGAGCUUAUGAACGAAAAAAAACUCAAAAUCGUGUUAGUCGUUCAUGGCGCAAAUUACUUUUAAUUGUAAAAGCUGUUAAUAAAUUUUUACGUUUUAGACGUUGUGAUAUUGCAUUUGCUUGUUCAACAUCUGAUUUAAACAGUUCACAAUCAAAUAAAAUAUUUUUGAAUAAUGUUAGUUUUGUUCAGAAAGAUAUAGAAUUUACAUAUGUGAAUAAAACUGAUGCUACAAAUCAUUUAGAAGAUUUGAAUGUUGUUCAGGCGAUUAUAAAAAGUCUGAUUUCAAAAGUUUGUCGACUAGAUUAUAAACGAAAACGACGACUGGAAAUUAGAAAAAAAAAAGACUCAUCAAAUACUACUAUCCUUAAGGAUACAAUAGUUUUAAAAUCUACUAGGCAGUCUUCUUGGUUUCAUAAGAAAUAUUCACAGGAUAAUUUGUUUCGUAAAAGAGAAAGUGAACGUGUAACCGCAAUAUUCCAAAAAAAAUAUACGAAUAACAGUAAUUUUCGUGAGAAAGAAAAAAUUCUAUCAAGAACACAUGGUUUAGAAAAAUAUCGAAAAUAUGUUACAUUUCGUCAAGAAAAAAUACAGCGCUCGAAAACUUAUAUUUUAAAUAAAUAUCAUAAUAAUAUGGAAUUUCGUAAUACACAUAAAGGUAAUGUAUUGGGAAAAUAUAAUUCUAAUGAAAGAACACGAAUGAGAAUGAUUUUACAGGCAUUGAAUUCUUAUAAAAAAAGCUACUCACCGAUGAUGCAAAAACAAAGACGACUUUAUAAUCAAUACAGACGUGUUUUGAACAAGUUGUUUCGAAAAGUAAAUCGAGAAGGACCAGAUUGUAUUUGCAUUGUAUGUCGCUUAUCAUUGUUUCGUAACCAAGUUAUACCUUAUGUAGAAGAAAAAUAUAUAAAAACGAAUAUGACAGUUGAAACUAAAGAACGCAUUGAAUCUUAUUCAAAUAAAUCAUUGCCAACAGAAAAAGAAUGGAUUUGUAAAACAUGUUCUCAUAAAAUCAAGAAAGGACAAAUGCCAAGUCGAUCAUUGUUGAAUAAAUUGAAAAUUACCCUUUAUGAAAAUUGUAAACUUAACAUCAGGAAAAUUAUCGAGUAG